GUUCACCCCCACUACGUGGCGGCAGACUUCCAGAACGACGUGGCGUUAGUGCGGACGUCGCGGGACGUCGUGUACCGUGAGCACGUCGUGCCCGUGUGUCUCCCCGCCACGGGCGAGAACUUCGUCGGCAGCCUGGCCACCGUCACGGGAUGGGGCAGGCUAUCACACGGUGUGUCCCGCACGCCCGAGGUGCUGCAGGAGGUCGAGGUUGAGGUGCUGGACAACCGCGUGUGUCAGGCGUGGUUCAAGGAGGCGGGGCGGCGGGAGACAAUCUACGACGUCUUCCUGUGCGCGGGAUACAAGAACGGGGGGCGCGACAGCUGUCAGGGGGACUCAGGCAGCCCGCUGACGGUGUCGGAGCAAGGGCGCCGCACUCUCAUCGGCCUCGUCUCCUGGGGCAUCGGCUGCGCCCGCAAGAACCUGCCUGGCGUCUACACCAACAUCGCCAAGUUCUCCAACUGGAUACAGGACACGACGCGGGCACGGUAGCUGGUUACGAUGCGGACACGGUAGCUGGUUACGACAUACGAUGCGGACACGGUAGCUGGUUACAACUUAAGAUGCGGACACGUAGCUGGUUACAACAUACGAUGCGGAUACGGUAGCUGGUUAGAACUUACGAUGCGAACACGGCGGAACACGGUAGCUGGUUACAACUUACGAUGCGGACACGGCAUCUGGUUACGACAUGCGAUGCGGACACGGCAGCUGGUUACAGCAUACGAUGCGAGUACGGUAGGUGGUUACAACUUACGAUACGGGCACGGUAGCUGGUUACAACAUACGAUGCGGACACGGUAGCUGGUUACACCAUACGAUGCGGAUACGGUAGCUGGUUACAACUUACAAUGCGGACACGGUAGCUGGUUACAACUUACGAUGCGGACACGGUUGGUCACGACGCAGGCACGGUAGCAGGUUACUAAGUUAGUGAAGCAUUUCUAGUGGAAAUGUGAUGGUGUACAUCACAUCCCCCUUGCUGCUGGUGUCUGCCCGACAACGUCUUCAAAAACGCCGUUCAAAAGAAAACAUUCAAAAGACCGGUCUCGCCUCAAGUUUUUGAUUGAAUCUUUGUGUUGAUUGCAGCAGUACCGGCCACGUCGCAGCCUCCCAGACAUUCUGUCUAUACUGACCACGCUGCAAAUGAAAGACAUUUUAUUCCUACUUAUUAUAGCUAAGAUGUAAAUAUAAUAGCCGAUUUGUUGUAAAAUUCAGUAAAUAUUGUAGAUUUGUUGUUAUAAGUAGAUUCGUUUUCAUGACGGAGAAAAUAGAUUUAUUGUUCUGGUGGGUGAUGAGCUUCUGGGUAGGAGGAGAGGAUGACAACCGCUCCAAGAUUAGGCCACGAGCCAUCACACUCGGGUUGUGAUGUUCCAUGCAGUGUGGAUGGGGGAAUAUGUAAUUUUUAAUAUGCAAAUUAAUUAUGCCAAUGUGACUGAAUUAUGCGUAUUUAGUUAACUGAAUUAGACAAGAAUUGCUCUUCAAUUAAUGCUGCUGUAGCCGUGACACUUCUAAAUAUUUCGCCUUGCUGUUUCAUGUACAUCCGUUCAAAGCAAAUGUAUGUCUUGGGUAAGCAUGUACCCCCAGGAGAUAGCUCAUGAAACUGUGCGAUAAGCUCCUAUACCACUUAAGUGUAGCAGCAGGUAUAUAUUGAAUGCAGUAUUAACACGGCGAGAUGUUCUUCAUUAGUUUAGCAAAUAUUCGUAUAUAUGGUCCACGUGACGUGGCAUAGCUGCGGCGAGUUUUCAUCUUGACGUAACGUCCAUCCUGAAUGAGGAAGGAAGUGUUUUAUAAAACAGCAUGUAUCGUAUUCUAAGUAUGGAAUAAUAAAUUGAACUCGAUUUUGGA